CCACAAACCAUGACUCGCGUUGGUGGAAGAAGCAGAGCCUGCAUAACGUGUCGGCAACGUAAGAUAAAGUGCGACCUCGCACUACCUGCAUGUUCACAAUGUCGUCGUUCGCGACGACAUUGUCCAGGUCCUAGAACAGAUGCGUUCUUUGUCCAUUCGAUCGUCUCGCAUGACCAAACUCAUCAGCCACUACAUCCAACUCAUGCUUUCGGACUGGCCUCUACAAAUCGCCUCUUAUUAAUGUCUGCAUUCGACCAGUUCUUUGUGUCAAAUUACAUACAGUCCUAUGGGCCUAGACAAAGCAGUGCGACUCCCCCAUUUUGGCUAAUAGAACUCCCAUAUCUGGUGUCAUGCCAGACCGCGAUGCCGACUGUCCAUUGCAUCCGUGCGGUGGCAUUAUUGUUUUACGGCAAUCUAAUAGAUAACAUCGCGAUUCAAACAGAAGCAUACCGAAUGUAUGGAACAGCGUUAAGGAGCCUUAGUACGCUCAUGCAGAAGUACGGAACGAUGAGCAACAACCAAUCCAACCCUACGUUAUCUGAUAAUCUGAUCUGCGCACCAAUCAUGUUAUUCCGCUUUCAAGCAAUGAUUGGCUCCCCUCUUCAUACUUGGAUGUCACAUCUAACUGCUGCGACCUUCUUACUUCAGACGCAAGGUCCUGAAAAAUGUCGUAGUGGCUUAGGGCGCAAAUUUUUCCUAACUGUGAGAUUAUACAUUUCAGUCAUGCGACUAAUUGAGCCAAGCUAUAAUCGGCCAUCUUUUACUUUACAUGAGUACUUGACAAUUCCUUUUCGAGAUGCUCGAAGAACUCGGCUUGAUUGUUUGGUGGACUUACUACUCUGCUUUCCAACAGAGUAUGAUCUCAAGAGCGAAUCAAUAUCAGCUGGAUCUAGGUUAGCAGGAAUCGCACCAAAUGAUAUUUGUAGAAUGGAGAGUUACAUCUCGAAAUUGGAAGAUUGGUGGCGGCAGAACAUGUCCCUUCCUCAGGGUGAUGAUAAUAAUGACAAGCAGCUAUCUCCAUACUCAUCCAGUUACCUCAAAAGGAACCAGGUCACGACUGAUGUGUACGUUUUGCGGUCUAUUGCAUUGUAUAACGUGGCCUUGAUAGUCUCUCUAUCACAUUUGUCUCGCCUUCGAUUGUCUCCACUAUUGCACAAGCAUCAAAUUGAGUUACACUGUAGUCAAGUCAUUGCAGCAUGUGAGUGUAUGCAAAAGGCCCACGGCUGGACUCCAGGCAGUGGAGCAACAUUUCCAAUGAUUUUGUGUCUUUAUAUUGUAGGCCUGCGGAGCCCAUCCCAGUAUCAGAGGCAAUAUGCAAACAAGAAACGUCUAGAUUGGGCCAAUACGUUGUUUCACACGAGAAAAUGAUGUAUAG